AUGCGGCUCCGAAGGGCCGGGGCUGUAGGGGAGCUCCAGCUCUUCGUGGGGCUGCUCCUCGCCCUGCUGGCCAAGAAACCUGCCAGCUCCUUAAACGCCAGCGCCUCUGCUGAGGACGUUCCGGUGAAUGAGCCGGCGGUAGAGCUCGUGGAUUCGGAUGCAAAUGUGACAGAACCCAAGGAGGUAGAAUUUGGACCAUGUACAGUUACAUGUGGUAUUGGCAUCCGAGAAGUUAUAUUAACCAGUGGAUGCCCUGGAGGUGAAUCAAAGUGUAUUGUUCGUGUCGAGGAAUGCAGAGGACCAGCAGACUGUGGCUGGGGAAAACCAAUUUCUGAAAGUCUUGCUAGUGUGAAAAUACCUUGCAUUUUUGUACCUCCGGAAGACCGAUUUACAUAUACUUGGAAAAUGUUAAUUCCAGACCAGCAAUCACUCAUUCUUCCUAAUGAUUCAGCUAUUCUGGAGGUACACAGAGAUACACAUCCAGUUGCCUUCCAGUGUGAUACAAGCGAAAAUGAUGAAUUGAUUGCAUCUGUAAAAUAUACAGUGUAUACAACAGCUGAACUGGAAACAAGAAGGUUAAAGAAGCCAGCUACAGAUAUAGUACUGGUGUUCGUACUCAUAACUGGAGUUAUUGUUUGUGUUGGUGUGCUCUUUGCCAUAGUGUUCAUCAUUCUUAACUGGGAAGCUGUAAAGCACUUCUGGCAAACAAAAAUUUGGAGGAGCAGAGAAGAAGUAAUACACAGCUCAUAUGCUUCAAGAACCACAGAAAACUCAGCACAAGUGCCUACAGCAGAAAAUUCUCAGACAUCACAACUAGAAACCAGUGGUCAGGAGCAGGGUGUCUACCAGGAAUGGAAUGCAGAAGGAGGAGAGAAUUAGAAGAAGAAAGAGAUUAUUUUUUAAAAAGAGAUUGUAUUAAAGUAUGUCCAAAAUAUUAAGGAAA